GUCAUGCGUUGAUUGGUCGUGGGCAGAAGUAGUGGUUGCAGGGGUAGAAGCCGAGCAUGUAUACCGGGUAUGAGAGCGGAGCUGCAAUCAUGGAGAGGCUGUGUGUAUUCCGGGGGUUGGUCCGGUGGCUGCUGCGGCUGCUGCCGCUGCUUCUGCUGCUGUUGUCCGGCGGUGAGGGGAGAGAGUCGGAGCUGAACUAUGUGACCUGCGGCUCGCUGGUUAAACUGCUCAACACCCGACACAACGUCCGCCUGCACUCGCACGAUGUCAAAUACGGCUCAGGCAGUGGACAGCAGUCUGUAACUGGAGUGGAAAGCGCAGAUGAUGCCAACAGCUAUUGGCAGAUCCGUGGGAAGCCAGUGCGUCCAUGUCAGCGUGGGUCAGCCAUCAAAUGUGGUCAGGCCAUCCGAAUCACACACAUGAAGACCGGCCGAAACCUUCACACACAUCACUUCAGCUCCCCCUUGUCUAAUAACCAGGAAGUCAGCGCCUUUGGAGAGAACGGAGAGGGUGAUGAUCUGGAUGUGUGGACUGUCCAAUGUGAGGGAGUCUACUGGGAGCGUGAUGACCCAGUCCGCUUCAAACACGUGGGCACAGAGGUCUUCCUCACUGUUACAGGCGAGCAGUAUGGCCAUCCGAUCCGUGGCCAGCGCGAGGUGCACGGCAUGAGCUCCCCAAACCAGCACACCUGGUGGCGCACCAUGGAAGGCGUGUUUAUUCAGCCCAGCCAGGAGCCGCUGCGGCACGAUGAACUCUGACAUCAGCUCUGUGACAAAAAGAUUUUGGACAUGAUUUUUUCUGUUGUGGGGCGUUUGCAGCUCCCCUGAGGCAAAUUUGUUGUGUGAGUGAUGUAGAUAAUGACUUUUUGUGUGACAUGGGAGAAUAUGUUCACUGAUUAUAUACAGUACAUACCGUAGUCCGACUGUAUUCUGUGUUUUUCCAGAAAACAGAGAAUACAGACAAACGUGAAUUACCCACUCGGCGUAUAACACACCCUGAAUGUUCUCAUUUCACUCCUGUAUUCUUUUAAGUUUGUUUAGAAAUAGAUCCAACAUCAUUCGUUUAAAAUGUAUGAGACUGUGUGUUUGAAUACAAUCUUUGUGUUGAUUGAUGAUUUGCUGCAAUAAUGCAUUUAGGAGGACAAAACCUCAUGGAAACAUUUUUCAAAUAAUUCUUAAACUGUAUGUGCAGCUCAGGUAUGUCAUGGGGCACCUAACGCCUCUUGUUUUUGGUGGGUAAAACAUUCACUUCCAUA